AUGUAUGACCCUGUUCUGUUUCCUAUCGGCUCUGAUGGAAGGCAAACGAAGAAAAAAGAAAAGAAGAAAAAGAAAAACAGACUGUCUCUGGCACUAGAUGACAGUUUUGUAAUUACGCAGGCCAGCAGUGCACAAGGGAAAGCUACUGUGAAGCCUGGAACAGCGACUCCAUGCAGCAGUGACAAGCCACAACCUGAUCACCUGACUCAAGACUCCAAGAAGAAAACAAAAAGGAAAAAGAAAGUGGCGUUUGAUUUAUCCCCAGGCUACAUCCGCGUCAAACGUCCUAAAUUUGUCUCUUCAUCUCCGCAGUGUCCCGAAGAGAGCGUCCUCUUAGUGCAUGAGGCUGUGAGAGAGAGUGAGAGCUGUUCGCAGGUCACAGUGACAGGGCACACACAUGAUAAUGACUCUCAAUGCAACAGUGAGGACAUAAACAGCCAGGACCUGUUCAUCACCCAGAAGACAUUCAGAGUGUCGCCCUCUGAGGCUUCCAGCGGUGAAGCCAGUGACACAGCCGUUGCUGAAACGCCUGAAAUGUUCAUGCAGCAAGACGAGCGGCACACGUGUGUGGCACAGAUAAAGCAGCAUCUGGAAGGAUCGUACAAAGGUCCACAGGACUCCCUUUCCCAUGAGCAUCGCAGACAGACAAACCAGGGUGUGAAGACGCAGAGGAAAGAAGAGGGGUUGAACAAUGCACAUCAUAAUGUCAAGAAGGGAAAAUUGUCCUUUCAGACACAGAUGGAGCGAAACGCAAAUCUUACUGAGGAGAAAAAUGGCUCAUGUCCUGUCCAUAUGAAGCCCAGUGUGCUGGAUCCUUACCUGGCAGAACCAGUUGUUGUAAACUCCUCCCCUGAACAGUCCAUGACAAGCACCGCCACGCAGACAGAAAACUUCUUCACCACCGAACUCUCCUCCUACCUCAGCUUCUGCCAAAGAAGUAGAGGGAUUGAGGACUUGAGACCUUUGGACCUGAGCCUGCCGCAGAGGGCCAGAAAGGACCUCGGGACAUCGUCUUUACCGGGAGAGAUCAAAGGUGACAACCACAAAGAUCCCAUUCUGCGUCGAUCUCCUUCCUCGGGUUUGAAAGAUGUCGAGGUAAAGAGAGAGCCUUCUGGUCGACAGGCUUGUUCUGUGAGCACACGGGGGAAAGGCAAAUCAAGUCUGCACCCGCAGUCAGAGUCUGAGCCCAAGUCCACAGACACGUCAACCUCCAGCGAGGACAACGAGACCCCCUGUCGCACUGGCAAGCUGGACCUGACCCAGGUCAGAGCAGUCCAGACGAGACUCAACGAGUCCUUCUUUUUCAAGACAAAAGGAGAGGGGCUGUCGCCCAGGCCGGAGUCUCCACUGAUGAAACUCGCUCAGGGCAGAGACGUGAAGAGCAGGAAGGGCCACUGAGGUCUUAUGGAAGGAUGGAAAUGAAGGUUUCUGGACUUCAGCUCGCAGGCAGCGGCUGACACGGUCUGAAACAGUAUUUAAUGUAUUGACUUACAGAGCAGCCAGGUGUCAGAUUAACAGUUAAAACAUACUAAAACUCAAGCUGGAUGU